AUGUCGUCAAAUGUAGAUAAGAAAUUUAAGGGUCCAAAACCAGAAUACCCUUUAAAUGCAUCUUUUCCAUCAAAAGUUGAAAGAUUUUUUUACAAAACAAAGUUAUCAUUUAAAAAUAAUCUUUAUCCAGUAUCACCUUUUGUCUUUAUUUCUUCAUCUAUUGGAUUUGGAGUAUAUUUAGAUAAAAAUUAUUCUAACAUAUUUAAUAAAACAUUUACUAUUUUUGAAGAAUAUUGUUUAUUAAAUUAUGCUAAAAUUGGAAUUUUAUCAACAAUAUUUACAUCAACAAGUGUAUAUUUAUUAAGAAAAUUUUUAAAAUAUACAUAUUUUUCAUAUAAAGGAUUUCUUUUUGAAGAUCCUAAAAAACCAUCAAUAAAAACAAAAUUAUUUGGUAUUGUUAGAGGUAUAAUAAAAAAAUUAAAUCCACCAGGUUUUAAUUCAUGUGAUUAUUUGUUACCAAAUUUACCAGUUCCAUCAGUUAAUGAAAGUGUUGAUAAAUAUAUUGAAUCAAUUAAAGAAAUUUUUCCUGAAGAUGAAUUUUUAAAAAUUGAAUCAUUAGCAAUAGAAUUUAAAAAAUCUACUACUUCAAAGAUUCUUCAAUUAUCAACAAAAUUAUAUUCAUUAUUUCAAGAUAAUUAUGUUACAAAUUUUUGGGAACAAGGUGCUUAUCUUUAUGGUAGAGAUCCAUUACUUAUUAAUUCUUCUGUUGGUUAUGUUGAUAUAGUUAAACCAGUACCAGCAAAUCAAGCACGCCGUGCUGCACACGUUGUUUAUCUUGAAGGUCAAUCUCAAUUAGCAAUUGAUAGAGAACAACCAAAACCUAUUGGUGAAGGAAUGUUUUGUAUGAAUCAUUAUAAAAAAAAUUUCUGUAGUUGUAGAGUACCAGGUAUAGAAAAAGAUUAUCUUAUUAAUAAUGGUCCAACAAAUUAUUGUAUUUUAAUUCAUAAAGGUGCAAUAUAUAAAAUUAAUGCUUUUGAUGAAAAAACAAAUGUACCAGAAAAAAUUGAAGUUUUAUAUGAAAAAAUUGUUGAUAUAUUAUUAAAAGAUGAGAAUAUGGAUGAUGAUGAAAAAUUGGUACCUGCUUUUACAACAGAUAAAAGAGAUUCAUGGGCUAUAAAUAGAAAUAAAUUUUUCCUUUCAAAUGAAAAUAAUAAAAAAAAUCUUGAAAUUAUUGAAAAUUCUAUUUGUGUUAUUUAUUUAUGUGAUAGAAAUGAUAUUUCUAAUGAUGAUCAAUCUACAGAAAAAUUUUUACUUGAAAAUUUAACAGGUAAUGGUAUAAAUAGAUGGGUUGACAAAAGUGUUAAUUAUGUUGUAACAAAAAGUGGUCGUUUUGGUGGUACAACAGAACAUUCCAUUGCUGAUGGUUCAGAGUUUGAUCAUUUUAUGGAGAAUUAUAUUAUAGCAGAUAAAUAUAAUAUGGAAUAUCCAAAAGUAAUUGAAGAUAUAUAUCAAAGACCAAUUAAAAGAGGUAAAAUACCAGUGGAACGUCUUUAUUUUGAAAUGUCACCUGAAAUGAAAAAAGAAGCUAGAAGAUGUUAUAAUGAGGCAUUAGAUAGAGCAACAGAUGUUGAUUUAAAAUCUUUAAUAUUAAGAGAUUUUGGUAAAGGAAUCAUAAAAAAAGGUAAAAUUUCACCAGAUGGUUUUAUACAAAUGGCAAUUCAAUUAGCUUAUUUUAAAGAUCAAAAUAAAUUUGAUUUAACUUAUGAAGCUGCAUCUGUUAGAUUUUAUCAAAAUUCAAGAACUGAAACAUUAAGAAGUGUUACAAAAGAUUCAUGUAACUUUGUAAGAGGUAUGUUAGAUAAUAAUAAAACAAAAAAAGAAAAAUAUUCAUUAUUAAAAAAGGCAACAGAAGUUCAUACAUAUAAUAAUAAACAAUGUAUGGUUGGAAAAGGAUUUGAUAGACAUUUAUUUGUAUUAUAUGUAUUAUCACAAAUAUUAAAUAAAAAAGAUGAAUUUUUGGAUACAUAUAUUCAACAAAAAUGGACUUUAUCAACUAGUCAACCACCAUUUGUUACUAAUCAAGUUGAUGAAGAUAAUGAUACUGAUGCAAUGUGGCAAGGAGCUGCAUUUGGAGCUGUUGAUAAAAAAGGAUAUGGUAUAUGUUAUCGUUUUGGUGGAAAUCAUAGUUUAAUAAUUCAUAUUACAAGUUAUAAAAGUCAAAAACAUACAGAUAGCAAAAGAUUUAGUGAAUUAUUACAUGAAUCAAUCAAAGAAAUGCAAGAUCUUUUUGAUUUAUAA